GUGUCGGAGCUGGGAGCGUUUGAUCCCUGGGCUGGCGUUCCGCAAUGGCUCUGCCUUCGGAAACAGCCUCAGUGAACUGUUCACCUUGAACAGUUGGGCUGCAACCGGGACCUGCAGCCAUUUAGAUACGCUUUCCCCGCACUUGUGCACGUAAACUAUGAAACGAAUCCUUCUGAUGUCGCAUGCACCGCGAGUGUUUUUCUGGGAUGGCCGUCGGGACUGCUCCUGCUUGCAGUGCUGCUGUCCCUGGCGCCGCUCAGUCUAGCGGCUGCGGGCUGUCUUAGCAAAUAAAGCUGGUGUUAGAACUGCGGAAGCCACGGGGGUGGCUACCAACCUAGCGUUUCCUGUGGUUGCACCCAGCUGAAUGUCGUAGAGCAGCAUUAACGUGGUUUUCAUCUGCACACUCUAUGAUCAAGGACAGGCCUCUUAGGAAGCAUUCCGGGAUUCAGACCCAGGUGAAACUCCUUGUCAUCUUCAAUACCAGACACUGGCAGUAAUUUGGUUAGCUGCAUGGCUACAUCACAUUGGCAUGGACUCUGAAAGCUCUGAACAAGAUGAGGAAAAAAAGAAAUAUACUUCCGUCUGUGUUGGCAGAGAAGAGGACAUUAGAAAAUCAGAAAGAAUGACAGCUGUUGUCCAUGACAGAGAAGUGGUCAUUUUCUACCACAAAGGGGAAUAUCACGCCAUGGACAUUCGCUGCUACCAUUCUGGAGGGCCCUUACACUUAGGAGAAAUUGAGGAUUUCAAUGGACAGUCAUGUAUAGUUUGUCCCUGGCAUAAAUACAAAAUCACUUUGGCAACAGGAGAAGGAUUAUACCAGUCUAUAAAUCCUAAAGACCCAUCAGCAAAACCCAAGUGGUGCUCCAAAGGAGUCAAGCAAAGGAUUCAUAAUGUGACGGUGGAUAAUGGCAAUAUUUAUGUGACCCUUUCUAAGGAACCUUUUAAAUGUGACUCUGAUUAUUAUGCCACUGGAGAAUUCAAAGUGAUUCAGAGUUCUUCCUGAUAAAAAAUGUACAGCAGCAAAAAAAAAAAAAAAAAAAAAAAAUGUGUGUAUGUUUGAAAAUAUUUUAAAGUAAAAUAUUUGUUUCAGUACCAAAGAUCCAAAGAUGGAUUUUUUUUUUUUUUUUUCCGAUAUAGGUACAUGUGUCCUGUCAGGGCUGGAGAGGCGGGCCAGUGGCUAAGAGCUCUUGCUGUUCUUUCAGAACACCUGAAUUCAGUCCCUAGCACUCAUAUCAAGUUGGCUCAAAGCCCCCUGUGAUCUGUGACGCCCCCUCCAAGGGAUCUGAUGCCGUCUUCUGAUCUCUGUGGGUACCUGCACAUACAAGUCAUUUAC